GCACAAGCGUUGUGUGACGCAAGGGGGCGGAGACUGGAGCUCUUCUGCGCGUGCGCAGAGCGUGCUCAAAGGGGUUUAUCUAGGAUGCGCAGGCGCUCAGCGGUCAUUUCUUCGUAGCCACGCCGAAGUCAAGUAUCGAGCCGCCGCCACUGACUGAACAAGAUGAUGCUGAGCACCGAAGGCGGAGAAGGCUUCGUGGUGAAGGUCCGGGGCUUGCCCUGGUCCUGUUCGGCCGAUGAAGUCCAACGCUUCUUCUCAGAAUGCAAAAUUCAAAAUGGGGCAUCAGGCAUUCGCUUCAUCUAUACCCGAGAAGGCAGACCAAGCGGAGAAGCAUUUGUUGAACUUGAAUCAGAAGAUGAAGUCAAAUUGGCACUGAAAAAAGACAGAGAAACAAUGGGACACAGAUAUGUUGAAGUAUUCAAGUCAAACAACGUUGAAAUGGAUUGGGUGUUGAAGCAUACUGGUCCAAAUAGUCCUGAUACUGCCAAUGAUGGCUUUGUACGCCUUAGAGGACUCCCAUUUGGCUGUAGCAAGGAAGAAAUUGUUCAGUUUUUUUCAGGGUUGGAAAUCGUGCCAAAUGGGAUAACAUUGCCGGUGGACUUCCAGGGGAGGAGUACGGGGGAGGCCUUCGUGCAGUUUGCUUCACAGGAAAUAGCUGAAAAGGCUCUAAAGAAACACAAGGAAAGAAUAGGGCACAGGUAUAUUGAAAUCUUCAAGAGCAGCCGGGCAGAAGUUCGCACUCAUUAUGAUCCUCCUCGAAAGCUAAUGGCUAUGCAGCGGCCAGGUCCUUAUGACAGACCUGGGGCUGGCAGAGGCUAUAACAGCAUUGGUAGAGGAGCUGGGUUUGAAAGAAUGAGGCGAGGUGCUUAUGGUGGAGGGUAUGGAGGCUAUGAUGACUACAAUGGAUAUAAUGAUGGAUAUGGCUUUGGGUCGGAUAGAUUUGGAAGAGACCUAAAUUACUGUUUUUCAGGAAUGUCUGAUCAUAGAUAUGGAGAUGGUGGGUCCACUUUCCAGAGUACAACAGGCCAUUGUGUGCACAUGAGAGGAUUACCUUACAGAGCUACUGAAAAUGAUAUUUACAAUUUUUUCUCACCACUCAAUCCUGUUCGAGUACACAUUGAAAUUGGACCUGAUGGCAGAGUGACUGGAGAAGCGGAUGUUGAGUUUGCUACUCAUGAAGAUGCUGUGGCAGCUAUGUCAAAAGACAAAGCAAAUAUGCAGCACAGAUAUGUAGAACUCUUCUUGAAUUCUACAGCAGGAGCAAGCGGUGGUGCUUACGAACACAGAUAUGUAGAACUCUUCUUGAAUUCUACAGCAGGAGCAAGCGGUGGUGCUUAUGGUAGCCAAAUGAUGGGAGGCAUGGGCUUGUCAAACCAGUCCAGUUACGGUGGUCCAGCUAGCCAGCAGCUGAGUGGGGGUUAUGGAGGAGGCUACGGUGGUCAAAGCAGCAUGAGCGGAUAUGACCAAGUUUUACAGGAAAACUCCAGUGAUUUUCAAUCAAACAUUGCAUAGGGAGCCAAGGAGCGAUGAACAGCAGCUACUACAGUAGUGGGAGCCGUGCAUCUAUGGGAGUGAACGGAAUGGGAGGGAUGUCUGGCAUGUCCAGUAUGAGUGGUGGAUGGGGAAUGUAAUCCUGAUCACUGACUCUUGGUCAACUUUUUUUUUUAAAGAAAAAACAAACAAAAACGAAGUUUAACAGUUUUGCAAUACAAGCUUGUGAUUUAUGCUUACUGUAAGUGAAAUCAGGAUUGUUUUAAAAACUUCAGGUUCAGUAUUUUUGAACACAGAAAAACAUUCAUCUAGGAUGUAAUAACCAAGUUGAGUAAAGACUAUAACUGUUAAACAAUUUCAGCUUUUCUCAAGGUAGUUAUGUUGUAGGAGUGUACUUAAGCAGUAAGCGUAUUUAGGUUAAAGCAGUUUCAAUUAUGUUAAAUGUUGCUCUUAUACCACAUUACAUGGAACACUGUUUGAGAUGCAUGUUGGGAGACAUGCUUUUUUGUAAAACAAAUAUAGGAGCUGUGUCUGCGAUUCAAAAGUGAAACAUUUGGCAUGUUUGUUCUAGUUUAUUUCGUUUACUAUCCUGUAAGGCACGUACGUUUUAAGCUUUUUUUUUUUUUUUAAGUUAAUGGGGACAAUUUUGAGACGCAAUACGGAUACUUUAGGAUUUGGUCUUGGUGUUUGUAUUAAAUUCUGAGGCCUUGAUUUAAAUCUUUCAUUGUAUUGUGAUUUCCUUUUAGGUGUAUUGCGCUAAGUGAAACUUGUUAAAUAAAUCUUCCUUUCAAAAACUGGAA